AUGAUUUCUUUUUCACAUUUUAUAGUUCCUCUUGUUUCCUUAAUUUUGUUCAUCGUUUUCCUCUUCAAAUGGUAUGGUAAUCCUUCUUCAACAGCCCGGAAAAGAUUGCCACCAUCUCCACCAAAGCUUCCCGUAAUUGGAAAUCUUCACCAACUCGGCCUACUCCCCCAUCGCUCACUGCAAGCACUAUCCAGAUGCUAUGGUCCACUCAUGCUGCUUCAUCUGGGCAGAUUGCCAGUGCUUAUUGUCUCGUCUGCUGAUGGUGCUCGCGAGAUCAUGAAAAAUCAGGACGUGGUUUUCUCAAACAGGCCGAAAUUGAGAGUUAUCGACAAAAUUAUUUAUGGCUCCAAGGACAUAGCUUUUGCUCCUUAUGGUGAGUACUGGAGGCAGGUGAGAAGUAUAUGUGUGCUUCAUCUUUUGAGUAAUAAGAGGGUUCAAUCCUUCCGUCGUAUACGAGAAGAAGAAAUGUCCCUUAUGAUCGAGAAAAUUAGACAUUCUUCUUCAUCUUCAAUAAACUUGAGCAAUAUAUUGGUGUCGCUUACUAAUGAUAUCAUAUGUCGAGUGGCCCUGGGGGGGAAAUAUACUGAUGCACAAGAAAGCACAAAAAUUGUGUCGAAGUUGAAGGAAUUUCAAGAGUUAUCAGGUUUUUUUAAUCUAGGAGAUUACAUUCCAUGGCUUGACUGGAUUAAUCGCGUUAAUGGUUUCGAUGCAAAUGUAGAGAAAUUGGCUAUAUGGUUUGACGAUUUUUUGGAAGGUGUAGUUGAAGAGCACAGAAAUCGAAAGAAAGGAGAGACAAACCUGAAAGACAGCAGCAAUGAAGCAGAUCUUGUGGACAUAUUGCUCGAAAUUCAGAGAGAAAACAUGGCUGGUUCCCCUAUAGAAAAUGAUACAAUCAAAGCUGUCAUCUUUGAUAUGUUUGUGGCCGGGACCGAGACAUCAUCUACUGCUUUGGUGUGGACAAUGGCAGAGCUAUUAAAGCACCCAAAAUCCAUGGAGAAGCUGCAGAACGAGUUUGCCUUGCCACAUGGAGCAAUAGAAAAAGAUUUGGACAUGACAGAAUCCCCUGGAGAGACUGUCGCUAAAAAGAUUCCUCUACUUGUGACUGUUAGAGAGAAUAACAAAUAUUAG